AUGCCACGACAAGCUGAACAAUUAACAAAAUUCACUGGAAUGCAAAUUAAUCGAUCAAAAUCAGACCCAUUAUUUGUUAAUCAUCAUCGAUCAAAAUCAGAUCCAUUAUUUGUUAAUGUGAAAACUAAAAUAUCUGACUCAAAUCCACAAAUAGAAUUUGAUAUUCAUAUCAUACAUAUCAUAAAUGAUAUAGAUAACAUUCAAGCUAUUUGUCUCCUUGAGAUCUACAUACAAAAAACUGAGGCAAAGAAUUCAAAAAGAAAUGAUCCUGGAAAAGUCAAGAAAGCCUGUAAUAUAAUCAGCAAUAAGAGAAUAACUGAUAAAGAACUAAGAUAUCCAAAAAUAGAAUAA